CCUUUUUUUUUUUUUUUUUCCUUCUUCUCUCAUGACUAUAGAUCCUGUGAUUUGUGUUUUUACUGAUUUCACACUGCUCGUCUGGUUUUUCCUAGCUAUCCUCCUUAUUUUGGGACACCGGGACAUUCCCCUUCUCUGCUUAACAAACUCCCCCCUGCUGUGCUGCUGUCAUGCCUGCACAAUCCCUUUUGAAUAUGCAAGGUUAGUGGAUUUUCCACCACAAAAACACCUUCUAUUGCAGAAACACAGCUUUGUUUCUCACACCGGUGUCUGUGAGCACCGAGUGGAUGCGCUGAGGUCGGGAAGCAGCCCCGUGCUGCAGUGUCUGUCGGCAUCUCAAACUGCAGGGCCCUUCGUGAAGUCAUAGCGCCCUUUCAUAAGCCAGGUGGUUGUGCUGAGAGCUCCGCCGUCACUCGGGACCAAAAGCAAUAAAGAGUUCCUUCCCAGCUGUGAUAGCGAAUCUGCGUAGUGUGGCAGACUAAGGAGCUUGGGGUGGGGGACAGGAGAGGCUGUCGGACACAGCUGGAGCUGGGCAGUGGGCUGUGACCCUGGCCCCGAGCGAGGAGCCCGGCGGAGCCAUCCUGGUCCUCCACCUCCCCACAAAUGCAGCACAGGGGCACCAGCCUGCUUCAACGUGGGCUGGGGGCUGUGACCUCACAGAGGCAUCGCCACGUGCUGUCUGUGACCUCAUGGCCGUGUCCCUAUAAAGCACCGGCCACCACCCCACGUCUGCCAGUGCGGUCGUACCUGGCUGUGAGCGAUGGUUGACGACAGCAGCGUUUUCCUAUUCCCCGGCCUCCUGCUUCUGGUGGCCGGGCUCUCCCUGCUUGCCAAGGGCCGGCGCCAACUGGGUGACGGUCUGUGCUGGCGCAAGUGGGGAUGGCAGCUACAAGCAGCAGCACCGGAGCCUGGCACCAAGCAGCUGUGGGGGUCAGGGCGCUGCUGCCCUGGCUGUACGGAGUGCAUCGAGGCCAUACAGGAGCUGCAGCAGCUGGUGCUGUCGGCACUGCCCGGGUGUGAGGCUGCUGCGCUGAGGCCUGACUUCUGGCAAGUGGCAUCGAAGGACGUGGAGGAGCUGCUGGAGCGGGGCAGCCUGUCCUGCUGUGGCUACGGCAUCCCCAGGAGCAAGAGCUGUCCUGGGAGCUGGAGCAACGCCUCUCUGGAGCACCAUGGAGGAGCCCCCACAGAGCCAGAGCCUCCGUGCCAGCCAGCGCCCAGGAAGGAGACACAUCCCGCAGACAUCCCUGAAGAAGACCAACAUCUGGACUCUGCCCUGAGCAAAACCAGCAGUGCAGAGGAGGCUGAUGAGCUUCGUGGGAAGAGGCAGUGCCUAGAGGUUCUGACAGCCCCCAGGCCCCCCAGGCUUGGGAAGCAGGGCUCCAAGCCAGGCAGCGGAGAUGAAGAGCCACCGGCUGAGGUCUCCUCCUCCAUGCAGCCACCAGAAAUGGGGAUGAUCGUGCGUGAGAGUCUCCUUCGCCCAGAUGAGGGGCGACAGCAGUGGGUUGAGGUGUCCCAGCAACCUCUCGGCUUGUCCGUGGACCUCUCAGCACUUCCCAGCCCAGCCAACACAGUGUUACGAAAAGACCAGGGCUGCCAAACUGACUUCGUCAUCGUCCUGAGACCACUGGGGGCUGAUGCUGGUAAUGAGAACCAGCCCCAAACUGCAGCGCCUGUCGACAUCUCAGAGCCGCAGCUGAGGCUUGAGGAGUGCAGCAAGGCCUGCAUGCAGACGGCAAGCAAAGAAAACCUAGAAAGCUCCUCUGGGACAGUGCAGCAGUCAGCUGAAGAGGAGCAUGAAGCACUGCCUGAAAAUGCCUGUUCUGGCCCCCUGCCACCACAAUGUCCCUGUGUCCCCUUCCUCAAAUGCAAGCCUCUCCUCUAUCCGGACCAGGUCAAGAGGAACUGGACGAAGCACGGGGCCUCCAUUGUCUGCCCAGCGGCCUCUGGACCACCACGCUUCCACCCGCAGCCUGUCCAUUUCCACAGGCCCGAGGCCACGUUCAUGCCCAAGGAGCAGCGCGAGGCCCCGGAGCUGCAGCAUCCCAGGGACCAGCUCGACCCGGAGCGCCCAUCCCAGCGAGCAGUGCCCUGGGAGGAGAGCGGCUGGGCAGCCCCAAGGGCUCACACACACUACACCAGGAACGGCUGCUCUGGCCACAGGAUGGACACAGCUCCCAAGGGUGAAAUUGUGAGGACGCCCUUUGGGAUGCCGAACGCGUGGGCAGGACAAGAGCCCACCGCAGUCUACCCAGCCCUCAGGCCCGUGGUCCAAGCUACAAGCCUGAGGCCUGAGCACCGUCGGAAGCACCGCAGACACUUUGUGGGACCAGCCGCAGGAGCCCCACAAGGCCACUGGGGCAGCAGCACCGAGCAGACCGGACGCUCUGACAGCAGCUUCCACCUCCGGGCUGCGGCUGUCCCUCUGAAAGGAAACACCAGUGCGGAGGUGACCACGGCGUCUGAAACAGCUGGGGCUGAGGCAGGCACCAGGGGACCUAAGUGGUGGCCUUGGAGGAAGAAGUGCCCUGGCAAGGUCGAGAGCUCCCCAGAUUGUGGGGCCUGCUCCCAGGGCACCGACAGCCAAGAAAAGUGGACAGGCAGCAACCUCCCUCGGGGAAAUGCACAGGCCAGGCCAGCUCCCAUCUUAGCCUCCACAAGACCCCAGGAGCCCCAUGGCUACUCCAGCUCGUCGUCUUCAGAGCACUGCAGUGCCCCUAUCACCAGAUACCCGUGCUCGUGUCACUUGCGCCAAACCUGUGGCACCCAGGGCACUGCAGCGGAACCGAACAGCAACAGCAUCAGCUCGGUCUGGGAUAGGAUUUGCCGUAGGCAGCAGAAGACGUCUGUAUCACCGCAGAGCUCUACAUCUGAGCGCUGCUGCCAUGCAGGCCACAGGAGAGGCAGGGCCAGCGUCCAUGGAGCUUGUGAUUUUCAAAAGCUCCAAUACUGUAAAUAA